AUGAGCCCAAAGACCGCGAAAGCAUGCGCGCCAUUGACCGGCGCCAAGCGGCUGAGAGAAAUGCUCAAGGAUCCCUCCAAGGUCGUCGUGUGUCCCGGUGUCUUCGACGGCUUCACGGCCCGCUUGGCUUUGGCUGCGGGUUAUGAUGCGCUGUACAUGACAGGAGCAGGCACCUCGAUGUCGAGACUGGGAUGGGCCGAUCUGGGCAUCGCAACACUGAACGACAUGAGAAGCAAUGCCGAGAUGAUCGCAGCCCUCAACCCCUCCGUGCCCUUGAUUGCAGAUGCCGACACUGGCUAUGGGGGACCGAUAAUGGUAACCAGGACCGUGACCCAGUAUGCUCGCGCCGGCGUCGCUGCGCUCCACAUUGAGGACCAGGUGCAAGAGAAGCGAUGUGGUCAUCUUCUCGGCAAACAGAUUGUGGAUAGGGAGGUUUACUUCAGCAGACUGCGAGCAGCGGUUGCCGCCCGGGACCAACUGCAGUCCGACAUCGUGCUGAUUGCCCGCACGGACUCUCGACAGACCUACGGCUUCGACGAAGCGAUUGAACGAUUGCAGGAGGCGGUCAAGAUUGGCGUGGACGCGGUGUUUCUAGAAGCACUGCAAUCCCAGGAAGAGAUGGCAAAGGUGUGCAAGAUCAUGGGCGAUACUCCUGUGCUCUUGAACGUGGUGCCAGGGGGGGUCACUCCCGAACUCACGAUUGAGGAUGCGAGCAAGAUGGGAUUUCGCAUCAUCAUCUACCCCGGACUCUGCAUCGGUCCGGUUCUCGGAAGCGUGGGCAAAGAGCUCAAGGUACUUCAAACGACGGGCAAGAGCACCCCGAGGAAUUCGGCUAGCGGCGUCAAGGAGGCCUUCAACUUGUGCGGCCUGCAAGAGUGUAUCGAGAUUGACAUAAAAGCUGGAGGUAAGGCGUAUGCCACGGUAGGGAAAUAG